UUAGGGACCAUUUUUGCCAUUUUCUCUACUUUAACCAAUGCCCUAAGCACUACAGUAUCUCUCCUCACGUUUAUUGUCAUUUCCCGCUUCACCUAAUCCCCGUCGCCGAUGGCCGACAAGAAGAAACGCCGGCGAGCAGCUCACGACUCCGAUUCCGACUCCGAAAGCCGGCCUUUCCAAUCCAAGCUCAAACCCGACUCCGUCAUCCUCCAAACCCUAAAAGCACUCAAAUCCUCCUGUUCCACCACUUCCAAAACCCUAUCCCUCUCCGACGUCGGCCUCUCCUCCACCUGCCGUGAAGUCGCCGACCUCCCAAUCGAUGAGGUACAGUCCGAAAUUGAAUCGUUAGCGUUUACUAUAGCUAAAUCCAUACUCUCCGGUGAAGGUUUCUCUUUCUCCGUCCCUUCCCGCUCCGCCGCUAACCAACUGUAUGUCUCCGAGCUCGACCGCAUUGUUCUCAAAGACAAAUCAUCAGCUCGCAACUUUGGCAAUGUGUCUACUGUUCGUAAAGCAACAAUUACUCUUAGAAUCCUUCAGCUUGUUCAUCAGCUUUGCACCAGUAACAUUCAUGUCACAAAGCGUGAUCUUUUCUAUACCGACGUUAAGCUGUUUCAGGAUCAGACGCAAUCUGAUGCUGUAUUAGAUGAUGUUUCUUGUAUAGUUGGAUGUACUAGGUCUAGUCUGAAUGUGGUUGCAGCUGAGAAAGGAGUUGUAGUUGGCAGGUUGAUUUUUAGUGAUAAUGGUGAUAUGAUUGAUUGUACGAAAAUGGGAAUGGGAGGGAAAGCUAUACCUCCGAAUAUCGAUAGAGUUGGUGAUAUGCAGAGUGAUGCAUUGUACAUUUUGUUAGUCGAAAAGGAUGCUGCGUUCAUGAGAUUGUCUGAAGAUCGGUUUUACAAUAGAUUUCCUUGUAUAAUUGUGACUGCAAAGGGUCAACCGGAUGUGGCAACUAGGUUGUUUCUGAGGAAGAUGAAGAUGGAGCUGAAUUUGCCGGUUUUAGCAUUGGUGGAUAGUGAUCCUUAUGGGUUGAAGAUUUUGUCAGUGUAUGGGUGUGGAUCAAAGAAUAUGUCGUAUGAUAGUGCGAAUCUGACUACACCGGAUAUCAAGUGGUUGGGUAUUAGGCCAAGUGAUUUGGACAAGUAUAAGAUACCAGAGCAAUGUAGGUUGCCAAUGACUGAACAGGAUAUUAAGACUGGGAAAGAUUUGUUGGAGGAGGAUUUUGUGAAGAAGAAUCCCGCGUGGGUUGAGGAGUUGAAUUUGAUGGUGAAGACUAAGCAAAAGGCUGAGAUUCAGGCGUUGAGUUCGUUUGGAUUUCAGUAUCUGUCUGAAGUAUAUUUGCCAUUGAAGCUGCAAGAACAAGAUUGGCUAUGAGAAUUCAAAUCUUGUUGUUUAAUUGCUUCGAUCUUCUUGUGUUAAUUUUAAAGUUAGACGUGUAUCUCGUUUUCUGUAUUUUUAUGGGAGUUUAUUGUUGUGUUAAUUCACAUUUAUAGUUAAAACGUACCUUGGUUUUUUAU